GGUGGGGGGUGGGAAGCUCGGGACUCUUUUCUCUCACACAGACCGCGGGGGAGAGGGGGGAUAAUGUCGACCCCGGCCAGGAGGAGGCUCAUGCGGGACUUCAAGCGAUUGCAAGAAGACCCACCUGUGGGUGUCAGCGGCGCACCAUCUGAAAACAACAUCAUGCAGUGGAAUGCAGUUAUAUUUGGGCCAGAAGGCACACCCUUUGAGGAUGGUACCUUUAAACUAGUAAUAGAAUUCUCAGAAGAGUAUCCGAAUAAACCUCCCACUGUUAGGUUCUUAUCAAAGAUGUUUCAUCCAAAUGUCUAUGCCGAUGGUAGCAUAUGUUUAGAUAUCCUCCAGAAUCGUUGGAGUCCAACGUAUGAUGUGUCCUCUAUUUUAACAUCAAUUCAGUCUCUGCUGGAUGAACCUAAUCCCAACAGUCCUGCCAAUAGCCAGGCAGCGCAGCUUUAUCAGGAAAACAAACGAGAAUAUGAGAAAAGAGUUUCAGCUAUUGUUGAACAAAGCUGGAAUGAUUCAUAAUAGACAACUGCUGUGUUCAUCCUCAUCAUCAUUGUUGUGUAUAAUUUACCUCUCAGUAGAAAGGCUACCAGAAAUUUUAAGUGCCACAGGUUUUAAGGAUUUGCAUACCUAAUGUGUCUGCAAAAAAGAAAAAAAAGCCCUUCAGUUUAGAACCUUUAAAAGCUUGUGUAUCUUGAUUAAUGUACUUUUUAUUGCAUGGUAUGAACUAAGUUAUUGCUACAUAAAUUUGUAAUAUAUCCUGUUUGUAUUUUUUUUCCAAGUGUAUAAUGUUGGUGUGAAGUUUUCAUGACAGAAUAUACACAUUUUGUAAAUCUGUACUUUUUUCAAAUAUUGAAUGCCUUAUUUUUGAAUUCUUUAGAUUUUUAAAUUGGAGAAAAGCACUUAAAAGUUUUUUAUAUAUAAAUAUUACAUGUAAAACUGUUAAAUACAUAACUUCAGUGCAAGAGACUUUGUCACUUAUUUCCUUAUCUGACUAGGAGGGAUUGAUACAUAAGUAUAUCUCUCCAGUCAUUUAUAUUUGUUUUAUCUCUCCAAUUUCAGGGGAAUAAUAACAUUCUCUCAGUAGUUUGUCAGGAAAUAUAAAUCAAAUGUGUGCUUCUUAACUGAAUAUCCAUAGUAAUUUCAUACACCAGUUCUGAAUAUGCAUAUUAAUUACUCUUAAUAGAGUAAUUACUAUACAGAGCUAUUUGGUUUCAUUAUGAUGCUUAAUUAUUGAAGGAUCACUUGUCUCUCUUGGUCAUUUCACUAAUUAUUCUAGGAGAUUUGGUAUACUCUUGAUCUUACUAAUUAUUCAUUUUGGUGGGAAAUUGAAACUGUUGGCAUGAAUUUUUUAAAAAUUAUGAAUUUACUUCCUAGUAGAAUGAUAAAUCAAGAACCAGAUUUUUUCUUUCAUCAAGGCAAAGUUUUGGAAAGGAAUUAUUAUUUAGCCUGUUUAAUGCCAGCCUUUAAUGUAGACCUACAUUUCUUUCUCCUCCAGAACCAUACAUACUUCAGAGUCUUAUAAAUUGCUCUCAUGGGGAAAAAAAAAAUCCCUCAAAUUGUACAAAAGCUAAUUGUACAUGAAGUUUGCAGGGUCAUUACAAGGCAACAAUGCUUCAGAAAGCUAAUGCUAAGAUGUUUAAGAAUAAAGGGGAAACAGCUUUCCAUAUGAUGAACUUGAGAGUUCUUAUUUCCUGUCCAUCUCCCCAAAAAUAGGACAUUGAAAAUUAGUUGCCUGGUUUUUAUGGUAGGUCUGUGAUUAUAAGCAUCUGUGGCAAUAACCUUAAGUGUGUUUUUCAUCAUAUCCAUGCAGGUCACUUGAGGAGUGCAUAUGCCGCCUUAUUGCAGUGGCACACAUUCAGAGGGAAACAACAGCUCCCUCACUGAUAGGAGCUGGACAGAUGAUGUAGCACCCAGAAUGAACUCUAUAAAGAAAUUGUAAUAGUAGGAGAAAUAACUCCUGGCAUUUCCCUUUAAGGAUUAAUUCGCGUAUUGCUGAAACCAUGUGGUAUAAUUUAAAGGGGGAAAUGUUUGAGUUUUACAAACUGCUGGUUGGAAACUAUUCACUGAUGAAAAUACUGAUAGUAGCAUCAAUAAGAGACUUUAUUUAGAGGUGCUUUGAUAUAAGUGGCUGAUGCUUUUAGAAUUACUAAAUGUGUACUUUCUGAAUAUAUGUAAUUUGAAAGAAUGAACAUCUUGUAGUUUGUGACAGUAGAGAGGUGAACAUUUUGACAUGUUCAUGAAUACUAUUGGAUAAUCAAAAAAAAAAAAAGCUACCAUUGGAUAAUCUCUCCAAAUCAGUUUAAUCCUCAUAUGACCUAUCUUCCUUUCCUAGUUGAAACCCACAGCAUGUCAGAAUUGAUGGAAAAUUGUAAGUUUAAACUGUUCAAUCUAAACCUUCAGAAAUUGAGCUCUAUAAUUUUGUUGUUUGUUGUUGAAUAGAAUUAUUUUGUGGGAAAACUUCAGAGACACUUGUGAAUACAGUGAAAAGCAAAUUGAGGCUAUCUCUUGACUUCUGUCUUUAUACAUUUUUGCAGAUUCAUGAAAUAAGCUUUGCGUUAUUUGUAUUUCAUAUCUUAAUGAUCAUAGGGUGUUUGUAGCAUUAUGUUAACUAGAUUAAAGAUGUAGACCAAAGAAAAAUAAGACUGCCCUCAAGAUUAUAAGCUGGAGAGUUGAAAAAUGUUUAGCAUAAAUGCUUGUGGAGUCUAGGGGCUCCCUACUGGUGUAGGGAGUGCCUAGCAAAGGAAAUUACAUAUACCAAUGCAAGUCAGCAUCUUUCCUGCACCUUAGUCAUAACUGUAGACAGUAUUGAGAGGCUCAGUGACCUACCUGGGGUCACACAGUAUUUGUCAGAGGUGGGUCUGGAACCUUCUGUCUCAAAGGCCAUCUCUUGAUCCAUUAUGCCAUAUUGCCAUGUAGGUAGGCUUUGAAAGAUAUAAGCCCUGUUUUCUAGAGGCCAGAAUAGGCUAAACGCUCUUAAUCUCAAUGAUAAUUUAGAGAGAAGCAGACAGAAAAUAGUACAUACAGUGUGAUGGAAAGUGGAAAGUAUCCUGGAAUGAGUUGGGAGAUGAGAAUUUCUAACUGACUUUUCUCAUCUGAAAAAUGAGAUUUACUAAGAUGAUCUUUCAGGUCCUUUCCAGCUCUAAUGCUGUCUGAUAACCAGUUAAGUUACUUGGUUCAUUUGAUUCCAUUAAUGUUAAUUCUGUGGCACUUUACACAGAUUUCCUCACAAUGUCCUUGUGAGAGAAUACUGGCAUGCAAAGAAGUUAAUGACCAUGAUUACAUGGUUAUUAGGCAGUGCAGCCACAACUUAACACCCAGACCGCCAGACUCCCCAGUUAGGGGCCCUUUCUAAUCAACCAUACUAUCCUCUUCCCUGUAAAUAGUUCUGUUUCAGCCUUAUUGUAGAGCCAAACAAAUUUUUGAGAAAUAACAUUCAGUGAUUGGGGGAAAAGAACCCAAUAAAGAAUAGUAAAGAGUGUAUUUAAGACCAGAUGAAUAAUUUCCCUAGGAUAGCUCUGAAAAUCUUCCUUUUAGCAAGAGUGGGGUCAGUAAAAUCCCAUUUCUGUAGCAGCUUAAUGUUUUAACAAGUACAGAAAACUGAGAUAGGUAAUGCUAGUGUAAAUAUCCUUACAGUUGAGAAAAUGGGCUCAGGGCUUAGUGAGUUGGAGGCAGGUCUUAAACCCCAGGUUUCUUCACUCCAGCAUAUACAUUGCUGCAAUGAUUAGUAACAUUUGUUCUUCAGGAUAAGCAGUCUUUUCUCAAACUGUUAAGCUUAGUGCCAUCUCAGAAAUGAUCCUGAGCUUCCUAGCACUACGAAGAUAGUGCUUCACAAAUGGAUUACUAAUAGCUCAUGGUAGUGAGACAUGAAUUGCAGAGUACUAAUGACUAUUUUGAGCCCAUCAGCUUGCAGUCAGCAAUAGCAAUGGAGCCUUGCUUAUGUAGGGGAAUAUUUAUGCAAAUAAUAGAGGAGUAAAGUCAGUAGCUAGAAAGCUAUUAAAGGUAAAUAAAUUGUCCUAAACUGGCAUACUUUUUUUUUUAUCAAAUGGAAAACUGGCAAGAGAAGCCACUUGAAUCUCUUCUGUGGAAAGAACCAACCUGUUGUAGUCUUCGGGGAAAGAAUUUGCAGUCAUUUGCUCCCCAGUUGUUCUAGGGCCAUGUGGUAGACAGCAAGCAUAUUAGAAACAAUUUACUUGGGGAAAAAUCUGAGUUUCCUAUAUCUUUCAAGGAAAGGAAUUAGGUAAGUUUAUCACUCAGAACCUUUUUAGUUGCUAACAAAAUUUUCUGGUAUAUUCUACAAGUUUGUGAAAUUCUUUUACAAGUCCUUUUUUAAAGGUAGGUAUGGGAAUUAUUAAGCAGUUUCCCUUUUGGACAAACUUGUUAGGGAAGUCUUUAAUGUAUCAGUUAUUUCACAAAAUUGUAUUUAUUCAAAAUAUAGGUGGAAAAGUCUCCACAGAAGCAGCUCUUUUUUUGACUGAAAAUAAAAGCCAGUGCCCAUCAGUUGGGGAGUGGCUAAAUAAAUUAUAGAAUGUGAAUGUAAUGGAAUACUAUUAUAAGAAAUGAUCAAGGGUAUGAUUUCAGAGAAACUUGUAAGGACUUGUAUGAACCUCCUGCAGUAAAGUAAGCUAAACCAGUAGAACAAUUUUUGCAGUAACAACAUCGUAAAGGCCAACAACUUCGGAAGACUCAAGAACUCUGAUCAUCACAAUGACUAACCACAAUGGCAGAGGAUCUGUAGUGAAACAUACUACCCACCCCCAAACAGAUGUGAUUCCAGGACUGGGACAUAUUUUUUUGGUUUGGUCAAUGCUGGAAUUAGUUUUGCUUGUUUGCAUAGUUGUUACAAAAAGUUGUUUUUUCCAAUGUGGUAGAGGAAAGUAAGAGAGAGAGAAAAUAUUUUUGUUAAUUGAAAAACCAAAAAGAAAUAAAAGGUCCUCACAGAAGUCUAAUUUAAUGAUGAACAGUGAAAAUGACCUGAAGCCUAGAAGAGAAGAUGGAGAAACGAAGAGGCUGAAUAAUGACUUUUCGAGGAACUUGUUAUCUGCGUAAGAGAAUUGUAUUCUAAGGUUUCUUCCACUUCUAUCAUUCUGUAGCUCUAAUUGGUAUGAGAGGAAGAAGGAAUGUACCUGUAUGAAAAUGAAUCAAAACUGCUUUGUGCUUAUCAAUGA